CCGCGUAACCCUCAAUGGGCUGUGAGACAGUACCCUCAGCUCCCCAUCAUCAUCGUGAGCAGCAGCAAACUGCAAGCGGGGAUACGCAACAAAAUGUCAACUCUGCCAGCUCUCCCUAAACCGCGGACAUCAUGAACCGAGUCCUGUGUCCCCUUUUUCCCCGGAACAAAUCACCGUCGCCAUGCGGAUCCACUGCAAAGUAGUUGCGAUCGCCGUGUGUUUCGGAGUUCUCCUACUUUUUUACUUUUGGGGAGGCAAUGUCGCGGACGGUCCGCUGCCCAAAGAAUUUGCCGUCGGGGUGGACAGGACUUCUCCGUCGUCGGUCAAGCUCGAUCGCGAUGUUGCUCCAAAAUUGACCAGGAAAUCUCCCAGUGUGCUCGGAGUGCGUUCGGAGGAUCACCCCAAAGGACGAAAAAACUGGAAAGUGACUAAGCGAGAGGGCAACGUCAAAGUAAAGAGUAAAGGACGGGCUGCGGCCAGGCGUACCCAUGUAGAGGAAGUCAUGCACUUGGCUAUGGUGGCAUGUGGAAAUCGCCUGGAUGAGACCUUAACACUCGUCAAAUCAGCUGUCCUGUUCAGCCUGAAGAAGAUCAAGUUUCACAUUUUUACUGAGGACGUUUUGAUCCCGCAGUUUAAAGAAAAGCUUAGCCAGUGGCCCCACUUUGUCAGAGCCAAGUUCCUGUCCAGCCUCUACCCAAUCACCUUUUCAGUGGGGAACGCGGACGAAUGGAAGAAGCUCUUCAAGCCUUGUGCUGCUCAGAGACUCUUUCUUCCUGUCAUCCUUAAGGACGUAGACUCAUUAUUGUACGUGGACACUGAUGUGCUGUUCCUGCGACCUAUGGAUGAUAUCUGGAGGAUGCUCAAGUCCUUCAACAGCACCCAGCUGGCAGCAAUGGCUCCAGAGCACGAGGUUCCCAAAAUUGGCUGGUACAGCCGCUUUGCACGUCAUCCUUUUUAUGGCAUUUCAGGGGUCAAUUCAGGAGUUAUGCUAAUGAAUCUCACAAGGAUCCGCAGCACAUUGUUCAAGAACAGCAUGAUUGCCCGUGGUCUGUCCUGGGAGGACCUUUUACACCCACUCUAUCAGAAGUAUAAGAACCACAUCACAUGGGGCGAUCAGGACCUCCUCAACAUCAUCUUUCACUACAACCCAGAGUGUCUCUUCAUCUUCCCAUGCCAGUGGAACUACAGGCCUGAUCACUGUAUGUAUGGGAGUAACUGUAAAGGAGCUGAAGAAGAAGGUGUUUCUAUUCUCCAUGGCAACCGUGGAGUGUAUCAUGAUGAGAAGCAGCCGGCCUUCAAAGUAGUUUAUGAUGGAAUACAUGACUGAAAUACUCAGUAACAGAAGGUCCACAGUAAAUCAACACCCUUUGAUUGACUGUCAACCACUCCAGAGUCUGCAGCCGUUCGCCUUGUGCCUGAAGUCAGCUGGGAAAGCCUCCAGCUCUGCGCCAAACUGAACAAGUCCAGCAGUAUGAAAUGUAUGGAUAGAUAGUACAGCAGUCUGCUUGAAGGGCUCAAACCCAAAAGUGCAAGUUUUUGUAAGAACUGCAGCAAAGGGUGUGUCAUAUGAACGUUGUUUUGUUUUCUGUCAAAAAAAUUAAAAUAUAUUUGUCUUGAAAAAUUAUCGUCAUUUAUAUUGUACUUUAGAUUUCCUUGUGAUGUGAUGAUGUCCUGUCCAAAGACAUGGAAACUGAUUAGAGAUGGCAUUCAAAAUGUGUUUUUGAAUAAAAUAAUGCAAUGGAAUGAGA